AUGGCGUCUACAGGGUCAGAUCAAUAGUUAAGAUUAAGCUCGGUUCUGUUUUCAGUGCUGGAGAAUAAAAUAUACAUUCGUAGAUGUUUUGUUAGCACAUAAACAUUAUCUUGCACAUUUUAUCUCCACAACAGGUAAGUUUAUAGUGUUCGCUAUUCCCAAUCCAGAAGACCGCAUACACAGACUAUGUCUGUGACUAUGUUUCAGGGUUAUAAUGGGAAUAUUAUUGGUUUUAUUGUAAACUAUACUGGUGUCUAUUUGAUGGAUUCUAUUGAGAAUGAGGAGAUGCGUCACGGUAGCUUGCUGUCACGUGACGAAUUGAGCCCGCCCACCAUUUUGGGAGGAUACGCUAUCGGUUGCCAGGGGCAACAGUGUAAGAGCGAUACAGAGACGGAUACAAAUUGUAACGGAUAUACGGAUAGAAAUUACGAGAAAUUAUAUAAAUAAAUACAUAUAUAUAAUAUAGAAAUUAAGAAGAAAUUGAGAAGAAUGCGACAAAAGAAAAGGGUCCUUACAGGGAGAAACUUACUACCAAUGCCAAACAGAGGUAUUUAGAGAAACUGGCUAAUAUUAAAAACGUCGACCCAUACGAGCUGCCUGCAGCUGAAUGGAACAAAGACCUACACUCUUUACCACCUUGCACUUACAUGGAAAUAGUUAAUUACUUGGUUUUUGGCAUCAGUUAUUACACUAUGCUAGAAUUCAAAAGCCUGAAAUCCUUGGAAAGUUACGAGACAUUCUGCUGCGGCUGGGUGCGCGACUUGGUCAUCUACAAGCCCCCAAACUGUGAAAACACCAUUGUACUGGCAAUGGAAGAAGGGGCAGCUUUAUUUUUGAUAAACCGAACAUGUCUAUGAGACUGGUGCUGGUGGGAAUCACUGGAGCAGGUAAAAGCUCCUCCGGAAACACCAUCCUGGGCAGAAAAGCCUUCAGAGUUGCCAAAAGCCCUUCAUCUGUGACCAAAGAGUGCUCGAAAGAGACCGAGAAUGUGGCUGGAAGAGAGAUCACUGUAGUAGAUACACCGGGCAUGUUUGACACUGAUAUUUCAGAGGAGCAGCUCCUGAUACAGAAGAUCAGUAAGUGUAUAAACAUGACAGCACCUGGACCUCACGCCAUCAUCCUGGUCAUUAAAGUGGAUACGUUCACUGAGGAAGAGAAACACUCGGUGGAGAAGAUCAGAGCCAUAUUUGGAGAAGAAGCAGAUAAACACACCAUCGUCCUCUUCACUCACGGGGAUGAACUGACCGGCUCUAUUGAAGAGUUCAUGGAAGCCAACGAGGCUCUGCAGGAAAUCUUGAGUCGCUGUGGGGGAAGACAUCAUGUGUUCAACAAUAAAGACAUGGAGGAUCGUAAUCAGGUGGUGGAGUUCCUGCAGAAAGUAGAUGCUAUAGUCACUGCUAAUGGAGGAGAACAUUACACCAGUGACUCUUACCAGGACGUGGAGCUCAUGCUGAAAACUAAACCAGAGGAACUGAAGAAGGAGUAUGAGAAGAAACUACAAGACAUUCAGAGAGACCUGGAGGCCAGAUUUACUGAAGAGAUGAAGAAACUACAGGAGAGAAUAGAGACACUGACAGUGUCUGAGCAAGAGAAAGAAGAGAAGAUCAAAGAGCUGGAACAACUGAACAAGUGUAAAAUGAGAGAGUACAAGCGUUAUUAUGAAACCAAGCUCAGAGAGGCCAGACAGGAGGCAGAACAGACCUGUACUCAUCCAAAUAUAAUACAAAAGAUCUUUCAGAAGAUUCGCAAAAUCAAAUCUUAAUCACAUUCUGGUAAUAUGUAUAUCUGUGUUAGCCGCAGUCAAACACACCUGAAGCAUCUAGGAUUUCAGGACUGUUGAUAAUUACAGACAGGUGUGAUGGAGGAUUUAAUUACAUUGGAACUGAAGUCUGCAGAACAGUAGCUCUCAAUACGCUUACAAACCCCUGAUAUACAGUAUGUGUAACAUUUGUAAUAUGUGUAUAUAUGUACCAUUUAACUACCAUUCAUCAUGUUAAUGUACCAUUUAUCUGGGUACUGUAUAGAGCAGUAGUAAUGCGCCGGUCUGGGUUUUUUCCAACCCGCGGGUCCCGCUUUCAUUAAAUAAUUUGGCCCGCCCCAUCCCGCCCUGCAAAUAAAGUAAAAUUUCUUGACCCCCCCCCGAGCUGCCCCGCGCAUCGGGGACAUCAAGGAAGUUACGUUGCUACUUAGACCUUUGUAUCGUAACCUUAUCAAUAUAGGCUAUAGGUAAUUGCACUAUGAUGGUUCGUUCGUAAACAAAACUUUUAGGUGAACGAAUCGUUCUCGUUUACGUAAUCCACUGAUCAUAGACAGUAAAACAGUAGUUCCUCCCACAGCAGCGCGCGAGCAGCUCGUGAACAGCUCUGUGAACUGUUUCAUCCUGUCAAAAGAAAUGGUCACUGAUCGAAUCAGUGAAUGAAUCAUUUUGGUGAACGAACUGAAAAUCAGCGAAUCUCUUGAAAGAAUCAAGAUGUCCACCACUAAAUUCCAUGCAACUUAAAUGGAUUUAAAAAAAAAAAAUUUUAAUGACCCGCCCCACAAUAAAGUGCCAAUUUCUUAACCCGCCCGCCCCGCCCCGCGGGUUAUGAGACGACCCGCGCAUCACUAAUGAGCAGGGCUGUCCAAACUCAUCCUGGAGGGCCGGUGUCCUGCAGAGUUUAGCUCCAACCCUAAUCAAACACACCUGAACCAGCUUAUCAAGCUCUUACUGGACAUAUGGUGCAUUCUCGCCGAGUGGCAACCUCCCGCUCUCUCUCUCUUGUGAAGCCAACACGGAAGUGACUUAAUCUGUAAUUCAUCGACUGGCUGCAGAAGGGAGUCAGUCCCAUAGACUCCCCAUGUUAAAACGCCCAACUUUACAGCAGAAAAAAACAUGUUUACAGCCUGGUGCAAACAAUGAUAUUGGUCUAAAUAGCUAAUUUUGCCCUUCAUGACAGUGAGGGGGGUGAGUUGUUUUUAAUAACUCAUCCAUUUCAAUGAUAUUAAGCCUAAAAGUUCUGCAUAAUUAAGGGCAUGACCCAGGGCUUAAAGUUCUCCAUGGGUUCACCUACCAGUGGUAUGAGAGGAGCACAGCUUUCACUCUACACCAAACUAACAUUACUAGCCAAUCUUAUAAAUGUGAGAGCGCAUAAUAGUGCAACAAAAAGCAGCGAUGCGCAGUGGUCAAAGAUGUCCAUCUCGCGCAUAUUUACAUAGAAUAACUAAUUAAAAAGCAGCAGAGCUUUGUAAACAGCUAAGUGUAAUAAUGUCAUCUCCGUAAAACAUUGUUUUUUGAAAAGGUCCUGUUCACACGUGAUCUAUUAAUAGUAACUUACCGGUGAUUUACCAGUAAAGACUGUAUGUGUGGAAGGGGUUAAACUCUUCCUCUGUAUACGCUGUGAAUGUGAAUUUACGUUCAUGUGGCAAAACGUGCAUUAUCUCACUAGAUUUGUUAUGUAAAUCAUUUACAAACCUUAGCCAACACAGGAGAAUACAUCAACCUUGUCUAAAUAUGCCAUGAAUUGUACAUUGCGAUUUCAAAAUAAGUUUCUGUUAGUUAUUAAAAUAAAGUGGAUUUAAACCGCAUUUAAUCACGCGGUAAAGUGAAACAUCACCAGGCCGUUAUAAUGUAUUGGUAUAUUACAUUAUGUAUUUUAUUUUUCUUUAUUUCUUCAUUUAUUUAAAAAAAAAAAAGGACAGUUGUACAUUAAUCAAAAUGUGUGAAUGUUAAUGUACCCAAAGGAUAGUUUUCAUUGGUAGGAAAACUAGAGAAAAAAUGAAAAUAAAAAAGAAGCAAAAUAGAAAAAACAAUAACAACGAAAUUCAACCAAAAUUUAAGCAACAAAUUAUACAAUUUGACAAAAAAAUGAAAAAAUAAAUAAAUAUGUAUUAAACCAAUUAAAAUAAAGAGCAGCUUAUUAACAUUUAUAAACAACAUUAAUGUUCUAUAUAACUGUUGGUUAUGAAGAAGCUAUUUCUUAAAAUGUUGCUUAAGUUAAAUGAUGUACAUUCUCUAAUUAAUUGUGGUAUUGAAUUCCACUGAUGUGAUGCUCUAAAUGGAAAAGACAGCUUGACCAAACAAGGUUUUUCUAUGUGGAAUUAUGCAGUCAGCUUUAGCUGCACGUCUAGUUACUCUGUUUUCAAUAGAUUAAAAUGUAAUAAAAUCAACUAGAAGAGGAGGAGCUAAACCAUACAUACUCUUAUGAACUACACAAACUUUUCUAAACUUGAUGUGAUCAAACCUGAUGUUUUCCCAGCUGAGCAGGUUAUGUAUAUUUAAUAUAUGACGAUGGUAAUGUUUUUUUUAUUUAUUUUUUUUUAUUAAUAUUUUUAUUAAAUUGCAUGUUUGUACAGUAAUUCCAAUGGUUUUAUAAUAAUGUGUAUUAGACCAACUUGUCAGACAAUAAUUAAUAUGAGAAAGAAUCAUAGAAUGAAUGAAAAUAUAAUUUUUUUAGCUUCAUUUGAUCAGAUUUGAACAGUGUUGUUCAAUACAGUCAUGUAAUUCCUUGGUUUUGAUAUAAAAAUAUGAAAUAAAAAUUUGAGCAAAUUA